CGGCUAAAUUUUCACUCGAUCAGCUGCAAACAAAAGUAAAUAGCGUUCUUAUCGAAGUAGCAAUGGAGCCUUGUAUUAUAGAAUUUAUUGGCGAGAAAUCCAUAAUUGGUAUUGUGCCUAAUUUUUCAUUUGAUCCACUGCAUUUAAUAUCGGGUAGUGUGGGUCCAUUUCGUGCGGGUCUUCCCGUCCACGUGCCACUCUGGCUUGGUAUACAUUUGCGCAAGCAACAAAAAUGCCGCAUUGUGCCUCCCGAGUGGAUGGAAAUAGAACUAUUGGAAGAGAUCAAAGAAGCAGAAAAGAAAUCAAAGUUCUUUACAAAGAUGCCCAGUGAGCAUUACAUGGUGGAAGCACAAUUGAUUAUGAGUACUGCACCAGACGAUGUGCCAAAAUGUGAAGAGCUGCGUACAAUUAUCAAAGAUAUUUUUGAUAUUCGUGAAGCAAAAUUGAGAACUUCCAUCGACGCAUUCAUCAAAGGCGAGGGAACAUAUGCAAAAUUGGAUAAUUUAACACUGUUAGAGAUGCAUACUGUGCGUCCAAUUUUGCCUCAUUCACUUGAUCAUAUUGCGCGUUAUCAACGAACGGCUAUGGCUACGCAACGUGAUACUUCUUCGUUAGGAUUGAGUAAUUCAAUGAAUACGAGUCAUUUCUCUCAAUAAAAGAUAUUCCUGUUUUAACUUAUAAACGAUAUGGCAUCUACACUUAACUGUUCAAUCAGCUGUUCGUUACACCUUUGAUGACGUUUUGC